AUGGAUUUUGAUGGGCUAUCGCUGCAAAUGCCGCCGGCGCUAAAGCCGUAUACGGCUCUGAUUGCAAUUUUGAUAUUGCUUGCAUACCGUUUCGCUUCAAAGUCUAAGGAAGGCAAAUCGUUGAUACCAAACUUUGUACCGGGAAAAUCGGCAGCAGGCAACUUGAAGAAAAGAUGGCUAUACGAUUCUCCUAGCCUCCUUCAAGAGGCAUACAACAAGUUUUAUGGCAAGCCCUUCAAGAUCUGGACGACAGAAGGAGAUCAAGUUGUGAUACCUCCAGACUACGUUGAUGAAUUGAAGAUGUUGCCCGACAACAAGUUUCCAUCAGCACUUCGCAAUUUCUUCUUGCAAGAUUAUCUAUGGCCCAUCGAUUCGUCCAAACUCGACUUCGGGCAUGUCGUUAUGAAAAAUGAUUUGAACAAAAACAUGGGUUCCAUCUUUCCGGACAUGAAGAAUGAGGUCGAUUCUGUAAUUCCUCUCGAGUUCCCAGGCAGCAAAGAAUGGGAGCCUAUUCAAGUAUACCCCAAAGUGCUACGAUGCGUGGCCAGAGUCAAUGCCAAGAUAUUUGUUGGGAGCCACCUCCAUCUUAACCAGGAGUGGAUUGAAAUAACUUGCUCUUAUGUUAGAAACAUUUUCCUCUCUUCAGCAAAACUCAGGUUUUUCCCUGCUUGGCUUCGCCCUAUCGUCCAGUAUUUCGUUCCCGAGCUACGCGCAGUCUGGAGAUGUAAUUCCAGAGCACGAGACCUCGUCGCCCCAAUCCUCCGGGAGCGAGAAAUCCAGGAGGAGAGGGCAGGCUACACAAAGCCCAACGAUUCCAUCGAGUGGCUCAGAGACUUGGUCCCAGAGCCGGAUAGAAGAGAUGCUCACUUCCACGGCAUUUCGCAGCUAGGCAUCUCGGCAGUUUCAGUAAACACGACGAGCCAACUGAUCACUAACGCCAUAUUCAAUCUUUGCACUUGGCCCGGAUACAUUCCUGUGUUGCGAGAGGAGAUUGAAUCUGUGCUCAAAGACUAUGGAGGGGAAUGGACCCUGGAAAGCAUGGGCAAGCUGCAGAAGCUUGACAGCUUCCUUAAGGAAACCCUGCGGCACAGUGGACACCUGACCGCGACCUUCCAAAGAAAGGCACUCCAGCCUAUCACCCUAUCCGACGGCACGCAGAUCCCGGCCGGCACCAUGACAUUUUCGCCUGCAAACGCUGUCAACUUCGACCCUGACAUUUACCCCGACCCCAAGACCUUUGACGGGCUUCGCUUCUUCAAGUUCCGCCAAGCUUCGGAGAGCGAUUCCAACAGGCACCAGCUGACCUCCAUCACCAAAACGCAGCUGCAGUUUGGAAGCGGUAGACAUGCUUGUCCGGGGCGAUGGUUUGCCGCGCACCAGAACAAGCUGGUGGUCGCGGCUUUGAUUCAGCAUUAUGACAUCAAGUUCAAGGAAGGGAAGGGGCGGCCAAAGGGGAUUUUGUUCCAGACGAAUCAGUUUCCCGAUCCGAAAGCGGAGGUACUGUUUAGGACGCGAAACGUUGAAGCUUAG